GCAGGCUCGCGUCGGGGCCGCCCCGGGCUUUUGCAAGCGGCGCGGCGGGCCUGCGAGUUGGGGCUGCAGCAGCUUCCUAGACCUGUUUCUCGUGCUUGGCGGCCGUCUGGGUCAGGCCCGGCCCGCGCGGGGGGCAGGCGGCGGCUGCCUCAGGCGGAGGCGGAGGUGCGGCGGAGGGUGGGGGCCGCUGCCUUCGCAGGCGCCCGGGCCGGCCCGCGCCUUUGCACGGUGCUCCAUGCAUCCGGAGCCCGCCCCGCCCCCGAACAACAACAGCCCCGAGCUUCCCCUCAGCGGCGGCAGCACCACCAGCGGCAGCCGCCGGAGCCGCCGCCGCAGCGGGGACGGGGAGACCCCGGGGUCGUCGCCGCCGCCAGCCGCCGUCACCUACCCGGACUGGAUCGGCCAGAGUUACUCCGAGGUGAUGAGCCUCAACGAGCACUCGAUGCAGGCGCUGUCCUGGCGCAAGCUUUACUUGAGCCGUGCCAAGCUCAAAGCCUCUAGCCGGACCUCUGCUCUGCUCUCCGGCUUCGCCAUGGUGGCGAUGGUGGAGGUACAGCUAGAUGCCGACCAUGACUACCCUCCCGGGCUGCUCAUCGCCUUUAGUGCAUGCACCACGGUGCUGGUGGCCGUGCACCUGUUUGCACUUAUGAUCAGCACCUGCAUCCUGCCCAACAUCGAGGCGGUGAGCAACGUGCAUAACCUCAACUCGGUCAAGGAGUCACCCCAUGAGCGCAUGCACCGCCACAUCGAGCUGGCCUGGGCCUUUUCCACGGUCAUCGGCACGCUGCUCUUCCUGGCUGAAGUGGUGCUGCUCUGCUGGGUCAAGUUCUUGCCUCUCAAGAAGCAGCCCGGGCAGCUGCGGCCCACCAGCAAGCCCCCGGCCAGCGAUGCAGUCGCCAACGUCAGCAGCACUGGUGGCAUCACUCCGGGCCAAGCCGCCGCCAUCGCCUCCACCACCAUCAUGGUCCCUUUUGGCCUGGUCUUCAUCGUCUUUGCCGUCCACUUCUACCGCUCAUUGGUCAGCCAUAAGACGGACCGACAGUUCCAGGAGCUCAACGAGCUGGCCGAGUUCGCCCGCUUGCAGGACCAGCUGGACCACAGAGGGGAUCACCCCCUGACGCCCGGCAGCCACUAUGCAUAAGCCCUUCUGGGCCUGGGCACUUCAGAUCUUUGGCCUUACGCCGCUCCCCACGACCUCGUCCUGCCCCAGCCUUAAGGACAGCCAGCUCCAGGGAUUGGGCUUUUGUCAGGGGGGCAGAGAGUGGAGGGAAGAGGCUUCUUCUUCUUUAUUAUUUUUUUUUUUUUUUAAGAGAAAUGACUGCACUUUGAAACUUUCCUCUAAGAGAAUAAGCACUUCCUGUUCUUCCAGCUUUGGGUUUACCUCCUGUUAGGAGGCUGCCGGUGGGAGCCACAGUGGGGACAAAUGCUCCCUUUGUCCCUCCUCCUCCCCUGUGCCAGUGCCACUUGGAUGCUUCUUGUUUUUUCUGUCUUGAUCCCCCUCCCCGUUCAGUGUCGUGUGUGUGUGUGUGUGUGUGUGUGUGUGUGUGUGUGUGUCUGUAUACACAUAAAUAUACUCAUAAGGGACACCUCUUGUGUCUGUCUUUGUUGGGUCUGGACUGCCUGGUAUGAAUUCUGGCACCCCAAUCAGGUGAGCCUCUAAGUGAGAAAUUUUGUUAACAUUUUAUUUUGAAAAUUUAAAAACCUACAAAAAAGUUGCGAGAAUAGCAACUGAAAUACAUAUACAGUCAAUUCUUGUCAUUCAUAGCAGUUGUGUUCUACAAAGUCAUCAUGAACACUGAAUUAGUAUUGAACCAUUGCUCCUGUGGUUCCUAUGAGGCUCUGGUCACAAUAUUUUGUUAGCCGUUCAAUAGGUUAACCUUGUUUUAUGUGUUUCUGGGUUGUUUGUUUGUUUGAAGAUUUUUAUUUUUAAACAAUCUCUACACCCAACAUGGGGCUCGAAUUCACAACCCCGAGAUCAAGAAUUGCGUGCUUCACUGAUGGAGCCAGCCAGGCACCCUACUGCCUUCUUUUUAAAUAGCAAAAUCACCGGGGCACCUGGCUGCCUCCAUUGGUGGAGCGUGCAGCUCUUGAUCUUGGGGUUGUGAGUUCAAGCCCCACAUUGGCACAAAGCCUACUUAAAAUAAAAAUUAAAAAAUUCUUAACAGUUUAUUAGUAGCAAAAUCGCCAACGAAAAGCACCGAACGUGAACAACGUGGCACUAAAUAGACGAAAUGAAAAGAACACUCGUUUAGGAAAGCUGAAACAAGAAGACAGAACAGUGCCGUUUGACCUCAGCAAGGAGGCAGGUGCCCAGAUGCUGAAACUGAAUGAUGGGGGUGAACUGUGUGUUUCUCCCCUGAGCCAUAUGCAUUAGUUGCAGAUACCACCCUUCAUGCUUAGAUACUUCCUUCUAAAACCAAGGACAUUUCUCCUACAUAACCUCAAUUCAGUGAUCAAAUUCAGGAAAUUUGAUAUUGACGCAGUACUGUUUAAUAACGACAUGUGUGUUGACUUCUCCACGUGUCCUCAUCAUGUCCUUUUUAGCAGUGAUUUUACCUGGGUGUUGCAUUGAGCUGUCACGUCUCUUUAGUUGCUUUUAAAUUUGGAACAGACUUUUCUUGUCCUUUAUGACAUCGACAUUUUUGGAGUCUGGGCCUGUGGUUUUGUAGAAUGCCACCUCAGCCUGGCUUCCCCGGUGUUUUCCCGUUAUUACAAUCAGGAUGUUUUGGCAGGAAUGUUUAUCUCCAUUUUGCAGAUGACAAAAGUUGAUGCCCAAAGAGGUUAAGUGUAAUUGGCUACAAUUCGAACCUAGAAAGUCUGGCUCAGAGCCCAGCCUCUCACAAAAAUCAUGUAUGUGGAUCCUGGCUUUGCUUAAGAACUUGGAAGAUCCAGCAGCAGCAGGAGGACUGGUCCCACCUUCUUGCAGAGCAUCAGUGAGAAGGAACUGAGUUGCAGCCGCCUUCUUCCCCAGGAGAUGUGUUUGCCACAGACCCCACCUCUCCCUCUUGUCUCACACCAGGCCAGCCUUGUUUAUGUUACUUGCCUGGCUCCCCACCAUGGGCCUUUGAGUUUGAGACCUCUGUGGGUCCCAGAAACACAAUACAAUAUGGGAUUUUAUAAAAACAAAGUCCUCUGAGUUCGUUGGGGCAAAGCGUGGCUUCAGGUUCUUGUCCUUCUGUGCAAACAGAUGCGAUAAGAGCAGUUUUGUGGGCUGAGUGGGGCAGGGGCGCUUUUUCCUAUUGCAGCUUCUUGCCUCUCUCCUGCAUCUCACGCACCAGGACCUACUCUCCCCUGUCCUUGGACGGCCUUCUGACUGGGACUGAGUAGUGGGGAGCAGGGCCCCCUGUGUGAAGCUCUCCGUUGCUCCCCAGAGAAGACCUGGCCAUCUUCAUGCAGCCCCGUCACCUGGCCACCUCUUUGCUUCUGCAAAGACUUGGGAGCUGGCUGCACUAACUUCUGGGCUACGACUCCAGUCUUAGGUCUUCCCUUCCCUCCUCGCUUUCUUUCUCUUUCUUUUUCUUUCUUUCUUUCUUUCUUUCUUUCUUUCUUUCUUUCUUUCUUUCUUUCUUUCUUUCUUCUUUCUUUCUUUUUCUUUCUUUCUUUCUUUCUUUCUUUCUUUCUUUCUUUCUUUUCUUUCUUUCUUUCUUUCUUUCUUUCUUUCUUUCUUUCUUUCUUUCUUUCUUUCUUUCUCAGUUUUAUGUUUAAGUAAUCUCCACACCCAAUGUGGGGCUGAAACCCACAACCCCGAGGUCAAGACUCACACGCUCCAGCGACUGAGCCAGCCAGGCGCCCCUUAGGUUUAUUUUCUUUACUAAGUCAAAAAAAUCACCAGAUUGGCUUGUAAAAUGUAGCUUUCCAAGCUUUUCCCCUAGAGGUUCCAAUUCAAGUUGGUCUGUGUAGAUCUAGAAUCUGUAUUUUUAACAAGCACCCCAGGUGCUCAAACCCAGGCAACUCAGGAAAACACUGGUAGUUAAAGAACAGUCUUUAAUUUCAGUUUUAUUUAUAUUUUGGAUACAUAAUACAUUCACAAGUUCCAAAUACAACAGUGAAAAGUUGC